AUGGACCAAGAUAGAGCAUUUCUUGCAAGAAGCCAAAGAAAACUCAUUCUAGACCAAAAGAGGAAAAGGGUUACAAACUCAGAUGAUGAAAUGAGUAGUUUCCCGUCUGAACGAGCACCGCUGAUUCAGAUUGACCCCAAUGCAUUCUCUAUAAUUCCAGGUCACCAUGGAUGGAAAUGUGCUAAAAAUAAAAGGAAGGCUAAGGAUUAUUGUUGCAAUGAAGAGCAAAGUCAUCCACCAAAUCCAUUUCAGAGAAAUAUGCAAAGCAGAUCAAUUGAUGAUUUGCCUAACCGGGAUAGUCAAUAUUCAGACAUGAGCAUAGCACAUAACUGGACACCAAAAUGUAGUACACAAGAGAGUGAGGAAAAUAACAAUCCACCAAUGAAGCUGGCUCACACCAAAGACACACUUAGUAAUGCAUGCAGUACCCAAAUAAUAUGUAGACUUUCUGUUGAAAUGCCAUCAAAUUCAUUGGAAGAGACAUCACAGACAACAGGUUCCAUUUUAACAACGACAAAUGUUAGAAAACUUAGUCAAACCCAUACUGAAUACUACAAUAUUGGUGAUGCAAUACAUGAAUGUCAGUUUUGUCAUGCUCUGUUCUGUCUUCUACCACCAGAAGGUAAAAGUGCAAAGUUUGCACAACUCUAUGUAGUUGACACCCAGAAUGAGAUACAAAAUCGCAUGUCAAUUAUCAGGGGCGGUGAGAACAAUGCCAUACAUGAAGAUAUUGUUACCGACUUAAAGAACAUGCUUGACGAGCACAAUAUAUUAGUCAAAUCAUUUCGCAUGGUUAGGGAGUCGAUCGGGUUUGAAUCUAGACGUGAUGUAAAGUUAAGACUCUUAGGAAAGAGGGGAAAAGAUGGGAGAAGGUAUAAUUUACCUUCUGCCAAUGAGGUUGCAGCAUUAAUUGUGGGUGACUUUGAUAUAGACAAGACCGAUAGAGAUAUUGUGGUUGAGACUCAAAAUGGAAGAUUACAACGCAUUAAUCAACUCAAUCCAUCCUAUUUGGGUUUACAAUAUCCUUUAUUAUUUCCAUAUGGAGAGGAUGGUUACAGAGAAGGUAUAUCUCUCAAUAAAAAAAAGAUAGCGAUGGAGAGAUAUUCUGAUGCAUCCCCUUUAUUGUAUGCAAGGAGACUUUUCCAGCAGUUUCUGGUUGAUGCCUAUUCAAUGGUCGAAUCUGCAAGAUUAAAUUUUAUACGGCUAAAACAAGAAAAAUUUAGAGUGGAGAUGUAUAAGGGAAUUAAAGAAGCUGUAUUGAAUGGAGAAACUACACCAUCAUCUCGAGGAAAACGCAUUAUAUUGCCGUCUUCAUUUACUGGGGGACCGAGGUACAUGAUACAAAAUUAUCAAGAUGCAAUGGCUAUAUGUAAAACAGUGGGCUACCCUGAUCUUUUUAUCACUUUCACAUGUAACCCUAAAUGGCCAGAACUUGAAGAUUUUCUCAGUAAUAGAGAAUUAAAUCCAGAAGACCGACCAGAUAUGGUAUGUAGGGCUUUCAAGGUGAAAUUGGAUCAUCUUAUAAAAGACAUCAGAGAAAACAAAAUUUUUGGAAGGGUCAUAGCAGUGGUUUACACGAUAGAAUUUCAGAAACGUGGGCUCCCCCAUGCGCACAUACUGCUAUUUCUACAUCGGGAUGACAAGUACCCAAUGGGCGAAGAUAUCGAUCGGAUUAUCUCAGCUGAAAUACCAAACAAGGACCGAGACCCGGAAUACUUUGAAGCAGUAGCUCAACACAUGAUGCACGGCCCAUGUGGAGUGGCUAGGAAAAAUUCACCGUGUAUGGAAAAUGGGAAAUGCAUACGUCAUUUUCCGAAGAAAUUUGUUGAUGUUACAGUGGUAGACGAAGAUGGCUAUCCAGUAUAUAGACGAAGGGAUGACAGUAAAACAAUAAAUAAAUCCGGAAUAGAGCUUGAUAAUAGAUAUGUGGUACCACAUAAUAGGCAUCUGCUUUUGAAAUAUGGAGCUCACAUUAAUGUUGAAUGGUGUAAUCAAUCAAGGUCAAUCAAGUAUUUAUUUAAAUAUGUCAACAAAGGAAAUGAUCGUGUAACAGCAUCAUUCUAUAGAACUGCUAAUGAGGAUUCAGGAAUCACCGAGUGUGACGAAGUGAGCUUAUAUUACGAUUGUAGGUACAUAUCCCCAUGCGAAGCUGCAUGGAGGAUUUUUGGUUUCAAUAUUCACUAUAGAGAUCCAUCUGUUGUUAGACUUGGGAUGCAUCUGGAGGAUGAGCAAAAUGUCAUUUUUCAAGACCAUGAAAAUCUAGGAGAUGUAGCAGCAAAAGCUACAGUGAAGGAAUCCAUGUUCUUGGGUUGGUUUGAAGCAAACAAAAAAUAUCCCGAAGCCAAACGUCUGACAUAUGCAGAAUUCCCAACAAAGUUUGUAUGGAAGGCAAAACAAAGAGUGUGGGAUCCACGAAAGACUCAUGCAGUGAUUGGUAGAAUAUUCUUUGUGCCCCCUGGAUCUGGAGAACUUUACUACCUUAGGCUACUCCUAAAUUUUGUCAGAGGACCUACUUGCUAUGAAGAAAUAAGGAAAGUUGAUGAUGUGGUUUAUCCAACAUUUAGAGAUGCAUGUUAUGCGCGAGGUCUAUUGGACGAUGAUAGAGAGUACAUUGAAGCUAUUGAAGAAGCAAGUCAUUGGGGCUCAGGCCAAUUUUUGAGGAAGCUUUUUGCAACACUAUUAUUUUCAAAUUCAAUGACUAGACCAGAGCAUGUGUGGGAGAACACAUGGAGUUUCUUAUGUGAUGAUAUAUUACAAAGGCAAAGAAGAAUACUUGAUAAUUCCGAAUUACACCUUACAGAAGAAGAGCUAAAGGAUCUAACUCUUAUUGAUGUGGAAAACAUCUUGAAGAGCUAUAACAAGAGCCUCAAAGACUUCCCUACAAUGCCUUUCCCGGCCAUCGACACAAGCACCAAUAUAUUGAAUUCCCCCGGAAUUAAUCGCUUAAUUUGUGACGAGCUCCGAUACGAUAGACGUCAGCUAACCAGUGAACACGCCAAUUUAGUCCAGCAGCUUACAGAUGAACAAAGAAAAGUUUAUGAACAGAUAAUGGCUGCUGUAAAUAGCAGGGAAGGUGGGGUAUUUUUUCUUUAUGGUUAUGGAGGUACAGGGAAGACAUUUGUUUGGAAGACAUUAGCAUCUGCAUUGAGGUCAAAAGGAGACAUUGUAUUGACAGUUGCAUCGAGUGGGAUAGCAUCGCUCUUAUUACCAGGUGGUAGGACAGCACACUCACGCUUUGCAAUACCGCUAAAUCUUGAUGAGUUUUCUACAUGCAACAUAAAACAGGGUAGUAAUUUAGCUGAUUUGUUCAAGGCUAAGUUUGAUUAUUUGGGAUGA